AUGGUCGCCUUGCAUCUACUACCGGGCUUGCUCCUUGGCCUUGGCCUUGGCCUUGGCAGCCACGCAGCUGCCCAGUUUGUCACUCCGCCGACCGGUUUCACUAAGGUCACCGGGUAUGCUGGCGUCCCCGUCCGCUACAAGCAGGUGCCUCCGGGCAUCUGCGAGCUGGACCCCAAGGUCCGGAGCUUCUCCGGGUACGCCGACGUCGCGCCGGACCAGCACAUGUUCUUCUGGUUCUUCGAGGCGCGAGACGUGAACCCGGCCGAGGCGCCCCUAACCGUCUGGGUCAGUGGCGGACCCGGAUCCUCGUCCAUGAACGGCCUAUGGAAGGAGCUCGGUCCCUGUCGCGUCGACUAUCACGGCGACGUCUUCAACAACCCGCACUCGUGGUCGCGGUCCAGCAACUUGCUCUUCGUUGACCAGCCCACCCACGUCGGCUUCUCCUACGCCGUGCCCGUGCCCGGCAUGGUCGACUCGGCGACCAACGCCAUCAUCCCGCUGCCCGACAACACCUGCCCGGACAUCGCCAACGGGACCUGCGGCACCUACUCACUGCCCCAUGCCAACCUUACGGCCAACUCGACCGUCAACGCCGCGCCCAACAUGUGGCGCACGCUGCAGGGCUUCAUGGGCGCCUUCCCGCAGUACUCGCGUCGCGGCCUCAACUUUGUCAGCCAGUCCUACGGCGGCCACUACGCGCCCGUCUUCGCCGAGUACUUUUUGCAGCAAAACGCCCAGAACAUCCCCGGCACCCAAAUGAUGGACCUCCGCAGCGUCCUCGUCGGCAACGGCUGGUACGACCCCCUCGUCCAGUUCCAAGCCCACUACAACAUUUCCGUCUCCCCCGGCAACACCUACGACUUUUCCCCUUUUAACGCCUCCACCGAGCAGAAGCUCUACAACAACCUGUACGGGCCCGGCAACUGCGUCGACGGCAUCAAGGACUGCUACAAGACCGGCGACGACAAGGUGUGCCACGAGGCGGAAAAGUUUUGCGUCGCGAACAGCGAAAACUUUCUCGAGGACGAGGUCGGCCGCGACGGCUACGACAUCCGCCAGAUGCAGCCGAACCCGUUCCCCUACCACUUCUACCACGCGUACCUCAACCGCGCGGACGUGCAGGCCGCCAUCGGCGCGCACACCAACUUCACGCCCAGCAGCGCCGCCGUGCUCGCCGCCUUCCAGGCCACCGGCGACGGCGCCCGCACCGCCGGGUCAGUCGAGGCGAUGCGGCGGCUCGUCGCUGCCGGCGUCGACCUCGCGCUGUGGGCCGGCGACGCCGACUACAUCUGCAACUGGCUCGGCAGCGUCGUCGUCGCCGACAUGGUCGCCGCCCCCGGCUGGGCGUCCGCGGGCUACGCGGACUUGAAGACGAGCGACGGGCGGGUCAACGCGCAGGUGCGGCAGAGCGGCGGGUUCAGCUUUGCGCGCUUCUUCGAGGCCGGGCAUGAGAUGCCGUUUUUUCAGCCGCUCGCGGCGCUCGAGUACUUUGAGCGGGUCAUUGGCGGCCGCGACAUCGCCACGGGCGAGACGACGGUCCGUAAGGCGGCGGAAGCGGCGGCGGUGGCGGCGGCGGCGGCGGCGAAGGGGGGGAAGCAGUGCGCGUAUAGCAGCAUGGGCUCGUCGGCGAGCACGUACCAUCAGGGAAACGGGACGGUGCAGUUUGCGGUGACGCCGAAGAAUAUCAUGUAUGAUACCGGCACGCACAAGGCGGGUGCUCCGUGGCCCGACAAGGCGUGCAGCAAGAAGCAAGGCCGGAUGUUGAAUCUUUCUCGUCCGUGA